GGUUUCUCAGGGAACCUGCUUAAAAACAUACUACUGCUUCAUUCGAGUAGUAGAACGAUACAGAGAAGGAAAGUAAACGAGUGAAAGUCAAAUCCUCAGGACAACGAUGCCUUCCCCACGCUCAACUCGAGUCGAACUCGAAGAGAAGUGCAUUGAAAACUGCCAGCAGAAUGGCUGUCACAAAAAGAUUUUCAAGGAAAUCGUAGCGAAGCGAGUACCAAUUUGUUCGUGGCUUCCAAGAUACAAUCUGAGUGCUUUGCAGUUCGAUAUCAUCGCCGGUUUAACAGUCGGCCUUAUGGUUGUACCCCAAGGCUUAGCGUAUGCCUUGAUAGCUGGCCUGCCUCCUCAGUAUGGCCUGUACUCGGCCUUCAUGGGAUGUUUUGUUUACUGUAUUUUUGGUACGAGUAAAGAUAUUACAAUCGGACCUACUGCCAUUAUGUCUCUGAUAGUCUCAGCUUAUGGAAGACCUGAAAUCCCAGCCUAUGUAGUGCUUCUGACUAUGCUGUCAGGCUUAAUGCAGCUUGUCAUGGGAAUAAUGAAACUUGGUUUUGUUGUGAACUUUAUUUCAAUUCCUGUUGUAAGCGGAUUUACGUCUUCCGCUGCUAUUAUCAUAGCAAUUGGACAAAUCAAAGACUUAUUAGGACUCAAAGACGUACCCAGACCUUUUCUGAAGAGGGUCUAUUACACCUUUAAACACAUCGAAGAGACGAAAACAGGGGACUUAGUACUUGGACUUAUUUGUAUCGUCGUACUGUUGGCGUUACGCACUCUCGGCCGCUCGAAGUGGGUGAAAGAUAACCAAGAAACGCAGAAAUGGAAGUGGGCAGUGAAGAAAAUGAUCUGGCUCUUCACUAUUGCUAGAAAUGCUUUGAUUAUUAUCCUAGCUUCGUGUAUCGUAGUUAUUUUCAUCGCACAUGGCAAUCGAGGUGCUUUCUCUCUUACUGGUCACUUGGACCCUGGACUUCCUCCAUUUCAGGCGCCGUCUAUGACGAUUCAAGUUGGUAACAGCACUCGGGAUCCGUUGGAAGUACUAUCUGAUCUUGGACCUGGUCUGGCCAUCGUUCCCCUAAUUGGUUUCCUUGAGAGCAUAGCGAUAGCGAAAGCGUUUGCCCGAAAAAAUAAGUACAGAGUAGAUGCCAGCCAAGAACUGAUUGCGCUAGGUUUGGCCAACUGUUUUGGGUCGUUCGUUUCUUCGUAUCCAGUUACUGGAAGUUUUUCGAGGACUGCUGUGAACGCGCAAAGUGGUGUGGCUUCCCCUGCUGGAGGAAUUUUCACUGGAGCUGUUGUGCUACUGGCUUUGGGAGUUCUUACGCCAUUUUUCAAAUACAUCCCUAAAGCGUCUCUAGCAGCUUUGAUCAUCUCAUCUGUUCUUACCAUGGUAGAAUAUCGCAUUGUCUUCAAAAUAUGGAAAGUCAACAAGAUCGACUUAUUGCCCCUAUUUGUCACAUUCUUUGGGUGUUUCUAUGAGAUUGAGUACGGUAUUCUGUGUGGUAUAGGUGUGUCACUUAUGAUAUUCCUUUACCCUAUAAUCUGGCCAAAGAUGAUCAAAGCCCACCGAGACUUCACUGUAAUCAAGGUCAAUGGCGACUUAGUCUACGCAGGGAUGGACUACGUGACGUCACAAAUCCAAGAAGCGUCGUAUCAAGACCCACUCCCCAGGGGAUUUAUUAUCGACAUGAACGUUGUGACACAAAUAGACUUUACAGUAACCCAGAGCCUGCUAAUGCUCCUUGACGACUUUACGAGUCGCAAAAUACCAUUACUUUUCUCUGGUGUUCAGGACCAUAUACGAGAUACCAUGGUUGAUUCAGGCAUCGACUUAAAGCUAAUCAAUCCAAGUGCCGAAACCAUGGCAAGUAUCAAUUCAGAGUCAUCGCCCUUUAUUGAUGAUGAUGAAUUGGAGAGUCAAUAAAGCCGUUAAACUCACACUGACAUGCGUCUGCAGAGUUAACUGACUGCUGGCCAAACUGCUUUAUGAUCAGCAACACGUAAGCCCUACUGUACAAACAAUAAUUACGAAGAUAAGUUUAUUGUUGUACCACAAAUCAACGAGCGUCUACCAACAAAAUGUGUUUCCCAGAAACCAUAAACUAAUGAUCAUGAAGAGGCGUAAAUAAAAAAAAGGCUUACACCUAAUUACACAAACGUUGUCCAAGAAAAAAGAACUUUUACUAUUUAGGAAUUAAUUAAAUACAAAAGAAAGUGUUCGGCUUCAGUGGUCACGUUUUGUCUUUUAAUGUAUUCCUAAUUUCCUAAAUCCCUAAAUCUCAGGACAACGUUUUCGCAAGUAGGUGUAUAUAGAACGUAAAGGGAAAUACAAGCUCUUUUCGKGAAACCAUGUAGCUUGUGGCACAGGGGAUCACGGGAUUCUCCUUCAUUGUGACAUCGCAAAAAUGUUUUUUUUCUCCGGAAAUCUUGCGAUUUGUUACCAAAUUUGGAAAGGAAAUUUUUAUGGGUGAAUGACACAAAACCUUAUCAGCUUGACUGCUAUUCUUUCGAGUCAAUUUUAUGAGGAUUUGUAUGCGGCCUAAUAAUAUCUCAAUUAACAACCAAAAUAUAUUCUGAGUUUUUGCUUUUAUCACUCGACUCUAUUUGAGGUCAAGCGAUAACAAUGGUUUUUAAUUGCGGCAAUAUCCCUUUAGAGGACUACAAAAGCAAGCAAACAUAAACAAAGACUGAUAGCAGCCUGUGUCAGCUUUUUGUAGCAACAAUGUUUCCCAAAAGGAGUCAGCUCCGUGAAUUUCAUGGUAGGGGCGAUAUCACAACCAAUUAUUUUUCGAUAAUUGCUCGAUCUGCACAAUAAUGAUUUAUACAGAAAGUAUAUGCAUGUAGAAAUUAGUCUAAUAUUGGAGAUUUAAAAUGAAAAAGGCAGAAUAUAAUAUGAAAAAUAAUAUUUUGAUAAAUAAGUUCACAUGUAAAUUCUCAUUAGUAAAAGUAUAAACAAUGAAUUUUACUAUUAGUGGUCGGUCUUCCAGUUUUCAUUAGAGUGAAUUUUAAAUAGAAUUACAAAGAGUAAUUAAAAUUUCAAAAGCCCGAAUGGACCUUUCCCGAAUUCGUUUGGAUGAUCACAGAAAAAGGGUUUCACGACGAGGAACUUGAUUCUUUUGUCUAUCAAGGCCAGGCUCUAACUGAAAUCACUGUUUCGUCUUCAUCCAGGCGAAUUCGGGUCUAUUAUAUGGUACAACCGUUUGGUCACAACCAUGGCACGCAGCAUGAAUAAGUCAUCCGUAGAUCAUGGCUACAACUGUCGUAGGGCUAAUAAACUAUCAUUUUGAAUCUCUACGAAAAUUGUAGCCAUGUUGUAAAGACGACUUGGUCUGGUUUGCAUGCGAUGGCUGUAGGCAAAUGUUGUGCUAUCUAAUUCGGCUUCAAUAUAGAGAUAUUUUUUUAUUAACAUGAUUGUAAAGUUGUAGCAAAAGGGUAUAGAUGGGGCAUAAAAGAGUGUUUAUAUAUGAAUUAAAGAUUAUUAUUAUUGUUGCAUGUUCCAGUCAUUAUAACAUACUUUCACCUGCAAAAAUUCUGACCGCUAAUAUAUAUUGAUAUAUUUAUAUGUUAGCGAUCAGAAUUUCUUAAUUAAAAUGUAUAUAAAUAUAUAAUAAUGAAUAUUGGUACUUGAUUAGACUGAGGUCAGAAAAUCCCUGAAAUAGAUAUCCUAAUCCCAUAGCCCACGUUCGAUCGUUUCGGCUGACUGUGCACACACGAGGUUCAGGCUAUGCAAUAGGUACUGAAAGUGGGCUAUUGUCUAAUUAAUCCUGGGAAAAGACCAAAAAAAAA